CAAAUUCAUUCGUGGACUCAGUGGCCCAAAACUGUGGAUCCGAAAUAAAGCCUCGUUAUAUCUCAUGAGUCAUGAAUCACUCCGAAUCUCCGAUCACCCUCUUCGGCUAUUGACCUCGCGAUCGGCUUGUUCGGUUCCACCUCCACUCUCAACUCAGCUCUCUUCAGGUGAUUGUUUCAUAGGCAUAUUUAUUGUAUCUACUUAAUGGGUAGAAGAAGUUUUGGCUCGUUUAGCAUGGGAUUUCAAUAUUGAAUUGUGUUUCUACUACAUUUUGGAAAAGCAUCUUGAACAUCAAAACAGGCACACUGCUUUUUUGCACUGUUGGAAUUAUUUGGGCAAUCAAUUACAUUUUUGAAGAAAUGGAGAUCGAUUCUCAGGUGGAAAUGACAUCUAAAAAAGAUACAGAGGUGCCUUCCAAUGAGGAGAGUGGUAAUAGUGAUAAAGUGAAUGAGCAAGAGUUGGAAAAUCCGGUAGUCGAAGAUGACGUUGAAAUCCCCAAGGUAGGGAUGAUUUUCGAGUCAGAGGAAGAAGUUCGUAAUUAUUAUAAGAAAUAUGCGAAACAUUGGGGCUUUGGGGUUGCAAAAAUAAGUACAAAAAAUAGAAGUGAUGGAAAGUCAAGUUACUUUUCGCUUGCUUGUGCUCGGAAUGGUAAGACAGCAUUGAAGGCUAAAGAGUCUUUUCAUUCAAGGCCUUCAACUAAGACAAAUUGCAAGGCCAAAAUCAAUGUUAUAGCUAAAGAGGACGGAAGGUUCAUUAUCACUCGUGUCUAUCUGGAUCAUAAUCAUGCAUUAAGUCCCGGAAAGGUUCAGCACUUCAGAUGUAACAAAGUACCGGAUUCUCAUGUCAGAAAAAGAUUGGAAUUGAAUGAUUUAGCAGGUAUUACAGAAAGCAAAAAGAAUCAUUCACUUGUUGAAGCUGGUGGGCAAGAAAAGUUGCCAUCUGGUGAGAGAGAGUGCAGAAACUAUAUUGCAAAAGCAAGACAAUCGAGACUUGACAUUGGAGAUGUUGACUCCCUUCGUAACUAUUUUUGUUGCAUGCAAAAAAGGAAUUCAAAUUUCUUUUACAUGGUUGAUAUGGAUGAGGAAGGGGGCUUCAAGAAUGUUUUCUGGGCUGAUGCUAGGUGUAGGGCUGCAUAUGAGUCCUUUGGAGAUGUUAUCACUUUUGAUACUACCUACUUGACAAAUAAGUAUGAGAUGCCUUUUGCUUUGUUUGUUGGGGUGAAUCAUCAUGGGCAACCUGUAUUAUUGGGUUGUGGCUUGCUAUCUAAUGAGGAUACUGAUACUUAUAUUUGGUUGUUUGAAUCGUGGUUGAAGUGUAUGCUAGGGCAUGCCCCAAAAGCUAUUAUCACAGACCAGUGCAAAGCUAUUCAAGGAGCAGUUGCAAAGGUGUUUACGAAGUCUUGUCAUCGAUUAUGCCUUUGGCAUAUAAUGCAAAAGAUUCCUACGAAGGUUGGUGGACUUUCCCAAUAUAGAGCAAUUAAGAGGAUGUUGAAAAAUGUUGUGUAUGAAUCAGUGAAUCAAGAUGAGUUUGAAAGAAGUUGGAUAGAAUUGAUUAAAGAAUACAAACUUGAGAAGAAUGAAUGGUUGAAGUCAUUAUACAGAGAUCGCCAUCGUUGGGUUCCUGUAUAUGUGAAAUGCACUUUUUGGGCUGGAAUGUCAACUACUCAGCGGAGUGAAAGUUUGAAUGCUUUCUUUGAUGAGUAUGUUCACUCAAAGACCACCGUGAAGCAAUUUGUUGAACAAUAUGACAGUGCCUUAAAAAGUAAGGCUGAAGAAGAAAACAAAGCAGAUUUUGCUUCUUUCUAUUGUACCAUUCCAACUAUAACUCUUCUCCCAAUUGAGAAACAAUUCCAAAGUGUUUACACCAAUGAUAUUUUCAAACAUUUUCAGGAUGAGUUGAGGGGAUUGAUUUAUUGUUAUACCUUUGUUCUUAAGAGAGAAGGGUCAGUUUCCACAUUUGAAGUAAGAGAACGUAAAGUUGGAAAAGAUGGCGUAUCUUGGAAAGAGUUAACUUAUGAGAUUUUCUAUAACGCAGCUGACUGUCAAGUGCGAUGCUCCUGCCAUUUGUUUGAGUUUAGAGGAAUUCUAUGUAGGCAUGCAAUCUCUGUGCUGAUCCAACUAAAGAUAAAUGAGGUUCCAUCUCAUUAUAUACUAGAGCGCUGGCGCAAGGACAUUAAGCGUGGGUAUACUUUUGUGAAAAAUAUUUAUGAUGAUUCCAGUAAUAGCGAACAAAGGCAGCAAAAUAAUAAUUUGAUCCCACUCUUAUUUGAAUUGCAAGAGCUUGGUGCAAAGUCAGAUGAAAAGAAUGAGCUUUUAAUGAAGCUAUUAAAAGAGGCAAAGGAAAAACUCCUUGCCUUUGACUCAGGUUCCCACAAUGGUUGUUCUCUUACAAGUGAAAACAGUAUGGAGCCCAAGAUUUAGUCUCUAAGGUUCUUAUACCUCUGCAAGCUUUGCAGAGGAGGUGCUUACUUUGUACAGUAAAUGCUCAGCCUCAUCAAUGAGAUCCUCCUAGCUAGCGAAAACUUCAUCAAGUGUAAUUAAUGUUGAUGUUUCUUUCAGUAAAAGAGGAGCAGAAAGGUGGAGGGAUUUUGUCUUCAGAGCUAGACUAGAAAGGGUGAGUUCCCAAAGUUGCUUCAGUUCUGCUGAGAUAUGUUCAUAAUCCACUCUCAGAUAUGCUGAUCGGGCUAUUGUGUUGCGAAGAGCAGUUGCAGCUACUGUUUCAUUGGUUUUUAAAUGUGUUAUCUUUGAUAUAUGCUCAAAUUCUGAUUCAAGUGCUCGUUGAAGAUAUGAAACAUAAUGAGGCAGCAUUUUGAUAGUGUCGUAGUUUCUAGCAUGUGGGUAGGGGUAGGAAGAGGGAUUCAGUUUCUGAUGCUGUGGAGAAGAGGGCCUUGGAUUCUUAUGAUGAUUUUUCUUUUAUUGGAUGCAUGUAUUCCCAGUGAGGUAUUGCUGAGAACUCAAAAGGAUUGUGCUCAUCGUAUAUAUUUGUCAGUGUUUGGAAGUUGAUGUCACUGGAAUUUGUGUAUCUUAAAUUUGUGGAGUUUAAAUGAUCCUGCCAAUUUCAUAUAUGAUGAAACGAUUUUAAUAAUUGCUUCUAA